AUGCCUAUAGAAGCCCUAUGUGAAGCAUAUAGCAAUGAUGAGGACAGAGCAGGAAAUCCUGCUUUUGAUGCUGUUCAGCAGGAUUUGCACAUCACGGUUGAAGAAAUCACAGCAAGCUAUCUUUUGGGACCUCCCAACAUUCUCCUUGUGGUCAUGGGUAUUAGCCACGCUAUAAUCUCUGGCUCUUAUGCUCUCCUUGUCUUCUUUCAUGGCACAUUUAUCCCUCAAGAUCUUGAUAUCUAUGUUCCUGUGCAGUGGGUGCAUAUCCUCAAGGCAUAUAUUGUGGAGAGAGGAUGGAAGGAGAAUGACGACCACAAAGACACAGCUUAUGACAUGGCCAGUGUUCUCGAUGUUCUGCUCUUCAAGCAUCCUCAAAGCAAUCGGACCAUCAAUGUUAUCAUAUCCUGCACAAGCUCUGCCAUUCAACCUAUUGUAGAAUUUCAUUCUACUCUGGUUAUGAACUAUAUAGCCUUGGACGGCCCAGCCACACCAGGAGAUGGAGGUGGAGGGCAUGGCGCCCGUAAUAAGGGCACGAUGAACCAGUUGAAACGGAUGCAGCGAAAAGCUGCUCUAUGGAUUACAGGUGCUUUCCGCACCUCCCCCACGGGCGGUCUUGAGGCUCUAGCGGGCCUCAUUCCUGUCCACCUUAUGCUGAAGAAGCUGGCAACGCGCGCAGUGUAUCGUGUAGCCACCCUCUCAGACACUCACCCUCUUCGCUCUAUGAUGGGCGAGGGACUCCUCAAGCGAGCCGCACCACAUGCUCGCUCCGCCGCCUUGAUGACCCCAGCCAUGCGAGGGAAACGGUGCUCGAUGGCAGCCCGCUCGCUAUCUACAGACACGACGUCCGCCCCCCCAACCGCGAGCCUCAAGAGCACUGUCAUGGAAGUGGACGAGCGUGUCCACACCUUAACUGAGAGCUUCGAGCCCUUUGCGCCCGAAGCUCGCCCCGGUGAUCGGUUACUGGACCGCUAUGCGGACUGUCUCCAUUUUGACGAGCGCGACCCUGGCCAGGAUAGGCGCCCAUAUCUAGACGAGCUCAUCGCGAGAGCGAGGGCCGACCCACUAACAGUGCUGGCUGCGACCGACGGCUCCGUCCCUCAGUCCAACCAGUAUCAGGCGGCUUCAGCUGCCAUCAUCUACAAGGGACAUCGCGAGCUCGAGAGGACUUGCUAUGUCUCUGGCAGAGUUACCGCCCCUGAUGCGGAACUCAAUGCCAUCUCGUGUGCAGUACGCCUUGCUGUCAAGCAGGCAAACUGCCAACAUAUUAUGGUCUUUACUGACUCUAUGGGCUCAGCCCAUAGAGCGGUUGACCCUUCCGUGCACUCUGGUCAGGCUUUCAGCCUGUCAGUCUGUCGCGUUCUUCAAGAGUGGUUUGAGGCAGACGAUUUCCGCCGCAUUACCUUCGUUUACGUCCCAUCCGCCCUGCGGUGGGAUAUCCAUGGUGAAGCACACAAGUACGUCACCGAGCUCAAAGUCAGGGUUGGACGUCGCAAGACGGACAACUCCAUAGAUGCACUACGCUCUCGAGCAGCGCACUCAGUCCUGGAUUCGUGGAGUUCCACUUUCCAGGAUCCAACCUACCGAGGCUCUGAGUUUUUAGAGCUUCAACAGCCUGACGGGCGGCCGCUACAGCCAUCGUACCUCAAUGGGGGACCUUGGCUUUCAACAUUCGGACACAGUAUCACUGAGUUCGCCCGCGUUUGCCGGUGUAUAACUGGCCACACACCCAUUGGAGCGUAUUACCGUCGCUUCAAGAUCAAUGAGCCUCACGGCUGCACUUGCGGGGCUGCUUUGCAGUCUCGCCAGCAUAUCCUCUUUCGCUGCCGCGAUAGAUAUUCUGUACACUAUCCCCGUUUUCUCGGGGAUAUUGCAUCGUUUAUGAAGUACAACCCUACGGCGUUUGGCUUCAACCGGGACCCGUCGGGUGUCGGAUAA